UGUAGGACCAGCACUCUCUACAGGGGGUGGGUUGAGUCACUCGUGAACUGCGUCAGCGGACUGAAUUGAGGGUUACAGUGCUGAACAGAUGUUACUGUGCCAAGGUUUAAUGGAGUUUUGUCGAAACGUUUCUGAAGUCUCAUAUCGACCUGCCCAUCGCCUCUCUUCAUAACUCUAAGAUGAUCCGCGUUCACAACACCCAGUAUUCCCUCUUCCUGCGCCAGGCUGAUGUAAUGCGUCGCUCGGGAAAGCUGUGCGAUGCUAUCAUUUCAGUGGAGAGCCAGGUCUUCAAGGCCCACCGGUUAGUGUUGGCCUGUGCCAGCAAAACCCUGGAGAACCAGCUUACAUUGCAAGCUUCAGACUCAGACUGGCCCAAUAACAUUGACCACCCUCACCGUUGCAGCCUGAAGCUCCUUUCCCCACACACAUUCCAACAGAUACUGGACUUUGCUUACACUGAAUGUCUCGAGGUCCCCGUGGAUGAUCUGCCCCAGCUUCUGAAGGCUGCCCAGCUCUUGCAGAUGCAUCCUUUGGAAGAGCAGUGUCACAGUCAGCUGAAGGCCCUGGAAAACCUGAUGAGAGAGACAAGGGAAAGAAAAGAGAGAGACCCAAGAGAGACCAAAGAAACAGAAAUGACUGAAAUUGAAUCAAAAAUUACCAAGGAGAAAGAUGAAACUCCUCUGAUUGAUGAGAAGCCCCCGAGCAGCCCGUUCACAGUGGACCCUGCUUUUUCUGACACUACGGAGGACACCCCCGGUUCAUCACUCCAAGAGAGGACAAAGGCACUCACACCCACACCAGUGCCAGCCACACUGCCUCCAGCCAGGUGCAGUGUUAUUGCUACCACUAGCCAGCCCCCUCCUUCCCAUCCUUCAUCGUCGAGGUUCAUGUGGCACCAAGUAAACGCACUGAGGAGGAUGGCUUUGAACUAUAAUGACUUCCUGGCAGUCCAGUCCUCUUCAUCGCUUCAUCCCUCACAUCAUGUGGUGACAUAUCCCUUUCCUCUCUCUGCUUCCAACGUGUACCCCCUCCUGUCAUCUUCCAUCCCACCCCAUGUUCACAGUUCCAUCCUGGGCUACCCAGGAAUCCAGCACCCCUAUAAUCGCCCCUUGCUGUCUGGCUCUCGAGAGCCAGGAGGCAUCCUCAAACAAGGCCUGCUGGGAAAAAGGGACCCGGUGGAUAAACCAUCAGAAGGACAAAGAUACUCUCAGGAGCAUCCAGAACAAACCCUGGACUGUCAGAACUGCAACAAGGCCAUGUUGAACAGCUCAUGGUUGCCGACAUCAACCGCCAAUCCCUCAGGAUCUGGUGAGACCUCUCUGGGUUAUAAGUAUUGUGGGUGUGGCUUCAGAGUGGAGCGGCCAGCUCGGCCUCACCGGAGAGGUCAGGGGGGAGAGAAGCCCUACCAGUGUAAAUGCUGCUCCAAGAGGUUCAGCCUUAAACACCAGCUGGACACACAUCAUCGGGUACACACAGGGGAGAAGCCGUUUGAGUGUCGUCUGUGUGGCCAGCGGUCGAGGGAUUACUCAGCCAUGAUCAAGCACCUGCGGACCCACGGAGGGGCCACACCUUACCAAUGCACUGCCUGCCUGGAGUUCUGUAGCAGCCUGGCAGCCAUGCAGAAACACCUGAAGAAUCACCCACUGCAGGACUUCCCCCCAGACUGGACCAUUAACCGCACCUACCUGUACACCUGCCACAGCUGAGCUCCGUGGUCUGACCAACGUAACACCUGUGUAAUGUAACACGACUACGUCUCAGGAAAUCCCUCAGAGAAAAACAUUUUCAGUUCAACACAGAAUUUAUUGUACGAGAAUGGAAAUGUCAGUUAUCUGUUUUCAAAGAACGUUGGUUCAAAUGUUCACCUCUAGAGGGAGACUCUCUCAAAACAGAAUGUAAGACUUGCUUUAGCGGUAUGAUAAGGAAGCACAGUAUUAUUACCGUUCAACCACAGCUACAUCUGACUCUACAGCUCAUUCGUCCCCUUUUCUGAACUCUCCACUAAACAUGAAACACAGGAUAGGUACAUGGAAAGUGUGGUAAAAUAUAGGUGACUUACUUGCUAGUCUUUCAUUGCGUAGGCAUAGCCACAAACAUUUACAUAAGCCCUGUUUUUUUGCAGCCUAAGGAUGGCCUGUUUCAUUUGCAUUGAGAGCUCCUU